UUUUAUCCACCCACAUUAAUAAUUUAUCAAACGAAAAAGAGUUACUUUUGCUUCAAAAUUUGAUAGGCAUUAGAUGCAUGCAAUGGGUUCAUCACACCAUUACUACUUUGUGUUUUCAGCUGUUUUGGUAGUAGCUGCUGCCUCCCUCUGUUUGGCUGAUGAUCCUUUUAUUUGCACUAGAGCCACCUACUACGGAAGCCCCGAAUGCUACGGAAAUCCAAGUGGAGCAUGUGGAUAUGGAGAAUAUGGUAGAACAGUAUACAAUGGGCAAGUGAGUGGAGUCUCAAGGCUUUACCGGAAUGGCACUGGCUGUGGUGCCUGCUACCAGGUUAGAUGCAAAAUUGCAGCACAUUGCACCGACGAAGGAACGGAGGUGGUGGCGACGGAUUACGGCGAGGGGCACUACACGGACUUCAUAUUGAGCACACGCGCCUAUGCUAACCUGGCGAAGCCGAACAUGGCCGCUGAGCUAUUUGCGUACGGCGUGGUGGACGUGGAGUACCGACGGAUCCCGUGCCGUUACUCCUCCAACCUGGUGAUCAAAGUUCACGAGCGCAGCAGCUACCCUCACUACUUGGCCGUCGUACCUAUCUACCAAUCGGGCACCACGGAUAUCACUGCGCUUCAAAUAUGGCAGGAGGACUGCAAGGAAUGGAGGGAAAUGCGAAGGGUAUACGGAGCGGUCUGGGACACGCAGAGCCCACCGUUGGGGGCUGCGAUAAGCUUACGACUCCAGAUUGUGGCCACUGCGAACGCAGAGGCGAAGUGGGUGCAGCUUUCGAGUGUGAUCGCUGCCGAUUGGAAGGCUGGCCUCACAUACGACGCUGCCAUUCAACUCAACUGAUCCUACUGCAACCUCUCUAUAUAAUACAGAAUAUAUAUUGAUAUUGUAACUACUACUUGGUGUUUACCUCUACUCUGCAAUCUGUGUGUGUGAAUAUAUAUUUAUAUGUGCGUCGUAUUUGAAUAAGAAGGAUAUUUCUCUGUGCAAA